AUGGCCUCUGUGCCAGUGUAUUGUCUCUGUCGCCUGCCUUACGAUGUCACCCGCUUCAUGAUCGAGUGUGAUGCUUGCCAGGACUGGUUCCAUGGCAGCUGCGUUGGAGUUGAAGAGGAUGCGGCAGCUGACAUUGACUUGUAUCACUGCCCCAACUGUGAACUGCUUCACGGACCGUCUGUCAUGAAACGGCGCCGAGGAAAUCCAAAACAGUCUGAAUCCUCUGUGAACAAAGAGGUUGGCAAGACGGUGAAGACCGGUAGCAGUCAAUUCAUCAAAGAACUUCGCAGCAGGACAUUUCCUAGUGCGGAUGAUGUGAUCCUAAAGCCGAGCGGAACCCAACUGUCUGUGGAGUUCCUGGAGGAAAACAGCUUCAGUGUGCCUCUCCUGGUCCUGAAGAAAGAUGGCCUGGGCAUGACUCUUCCUCCAGCCUCAUUCACUGUGCGUGAUGUGGAACAUUAUGUUGGUGCAGACAAGGAGAUUGAUGUCAUUGAUGUGACACGCCAAGCUGACCUCAAGAUGCGCCUGGCAGACUUUGUCAGCUACUACUGCAGCAGCCGCCGAGAGAAAGUGCUCAAUGUCAUCAGUCUGGAAUUCUCAGAAACCAGGUUGUCUAAUUUGGUGGAAACCCCGAAGAUUGUGCGGAAGUUGUCCUGGGUGGAGAACCUGUGGCCAGGGGAAUCAGUCUUUGAGCGCCCCAGCGUACAAAAGUACUGCCUGAUGGGGGUGCGGGACAGCUAUACGGACUUCCACAUUGACUUUGGGGGCACCUCUGUCUGGUAUCAUGUCCUACGGGGAGAGAAGAUCUUCUACCUGGUACGUCCUACUUCAGCCAACCUGACACUCUUUGAGGCAUGGAGCAGCUCCUCCAAUCAGAAUGAAAUGUUCUUUGGGGACCAAGUGGAUAGGUGCUAUCGCUGUCCUGUCCGCCAGGGCCAGACCCUCUUCAUACCAACAGGCUGGAUCCAUGCUGUGCUGACCCCUGUGGACUGCCUGGCCUUUGGGGGCAAUUUUCUACACAGUCUCAACAUUGAGAUGCAGCUCAAGGCUUACGAGAUUGAAAAGCGCCUCAGCACAGCUGAUCUCUUCAAAUUCCCCAACUUCGAAACUAUCUGUUGGUACGUUGGCAAACAUCUCCUGGAUAUCUUCCGAGGCCUUCGAGAAAACCGUAGGCACCCAGCUGCCUAUUUGGCUCAUGGGGCCAAAGCCCUCAACACAGCCUUCCGCUCCUGGACUAAAAAGGAGGCCUUGGCUGAUCAUGAAGAAGAAAUUCCUGGGACGGUACGUCCAGCACAACUCAUCAAAGACCUGGCCAAGGAGAUCCGACUGGUGGAAGAUAUAUUCCAGCAGAACAUUGGGAAGACUGGCAGCCCAUUUGGCCUGCAGAGAGUCACCCAGCCCGGUGCAGCAGCUGCCAAAAAGGAAGAUCAGAGUCCCAAGGAGCUGGGCAAGAAAGGCAGCCGAAAGGAUGCGGCAUCUGUCAAAGCCCUGGAACUGGAGUUGCUGCGCAAGUACAAGAGGCAGCAGAGCUUGAAACACGCAGAGAGUCCUGGCCAGGAGGAGUUUGACUUGCCAAGUUCCAGCCUGGAUGAUACAGAUGGAGAACCUGAUCUGACAGAGGAAGAGCUGUCCAUGAUGGUGGCCAAUGGUCGAGGCACCAGGAAAAUCAAAGCCUCGGAGCGUACCCGGAGCCACAAAGGAGCACAAAUGCGAGCCCCACGCAGCCCAUCUGAUGCAGAAGCCCUGGAUAUAGACUCCGAGGAGGAUCUGCAGAUCGACGAAACGCCACACAGGGAAAGGAGGAAUCUGCUGCUGCACAAGAAGCUUUCCAAAUUUCCCCGGAAACUGCCACGAGCCAAACCCUGUUCUGACCCAAAUCGAGUGCGGGAGCCAGGGGAAGUAGAAUUUGACAUUGAAGAGGACUACACCACUGAAGAGGAGGAUGCUUCUGGUGAUGACCAAUUGGAAGGCAGCAGUAGUGCUGGUGGGAUCCUGGACCUGCUGAAAGCCAGUCGGCAGGUUGGCGGCGCUGACUAUGAUGAGCUGAGUGAUGCACCUGCAUCUCCCAGUACUCAGGAAGCCAUCCAGGGCAUGUUGUGCAUGGCCAACCUCCAGUCGUCGUCCUCAGGAGGGGCCUCCAGCUUGCAGGCCUGGUUGGCAGCUGGGCAUGAACGUGGCUCUGCGGGAGCCUCCGGCACCCAGCGCUCAGGGAAGAGGCCCAUCAAACGGCCGGCUCAUCACAGCACGGACAGCGAGGAAGAGGCCAGCAUGGAUGAGCAGGAGAGCCUGGGGGCCUGUUUUAAGGAUGCGGAAUACAUUUAUCCUUCCUUGGAAUCGGAUGAGGAUGACCCAGCCUUGAAGUCACUGCCAAAGAAGAAAAAAUGCACGGAUGACGCUCCGUGGAGUCCUAAAGCCCGGGUGACCCCAACACUACCCAAGCAAGACCGCCCUGUCCGUGAAGGGACCAGAGUGGCAUCUGUCGAGACCGGUCUGGCAGCUGCAGCAGCUAAACUAGCUCAGCAGGAACAUCAGAAGUUGCAGCGGCGGAAACUCGUAAAAAGGAAGCCACCCUCUCCAAAAGCUCCUAGUCCAGAACCGGAGCCAGAACCGGAGCCGGAGCCAGAGCCGGAGCUGAUAGAAGCAGAAGUGGAACCGGAUGUGCCACCCCCACCCCCCCUCCCCCAGGAACCAGAUCCUGAGCUGGAGGCCCCCGUGCCCACCCCUCCCCCGGAAUUGAAACAGGAGCAGUUUGCUGGCAGCCUGGUGGAUCAUGAAUACACUGCUCGGCCUAAUGUUUUUGGAAUGGCCCAGGUGAACCGGGGCUCCACGCCGAUGGCCCCAGGGGUUUUCUUGUCCCAGCGGCGCCCCUCAGCUGGCUCACCAGGUCCUCAAGCAGCCCAGGGAAAACGCCCCAAGAAGGGUUUAGCGACAGCAAAGCAGCGACUCGGACGGAUCCUAAAGAUCCAUCGCAAUGGCAAGCUACUCCUCUGAGUGCAUCCCUAUGUCAGCUCCAGACCACAUGCCCAGCUCUUGGGCAGCAGAAGUUGGGUGAGGCACAGAGUCCCACUCGGAGGCACCACCUGGUCUCUUUGGAGGGCCGAUAGGACCUUGGGUGUGUGGACAAGGCCUGCGCUACUCUACCUCUCCUUCCCUCACAUGGAUCAGAGCCAAGUCUGAGCUGCCUGUGCUGCUGCCGGAAGCUUUGAACUCGAUUGGCAGCACCCGAACACAGAGGCAAACCACACUGGUUUCCCUGAAGAGACAGACAACGCAGGAGGCGGGGGGUUCAUUGUGCCCACUUGUUCUCCAUCCCUACCUCGACCCGCUGCACUUCCUUUUUUUUGUUCUGGAGCUGAUACCUCUUCCGAAUGCUCCCUUCCCUCUGUCAAGUCACACAUUACAGAUGUUGGCUUACGUUUUCCUCCUAGCAGCUUCAAACGCCCUUUUGUAUCUUUUGUUGCUGUUGGCAGUCCCUGGCAUGCCAAGGAGUGUUUCUUUCUUUCAUUAUUUUUCAAAAAAAAAAAAAAAUUCCCAGCAGAAAAUAGCUGCUUGUUGUUUUUCAUGCAAGCAGGAGGGUUCCUUUGCAGUCUUCUAGAA